UUUACGGAGUUACAUGACCAAUGGCUUUCCCAUGCACAUAUUGCAAAUUUGUUUAAUCUCUCCAUCUCGAUUCGUUCAUACAAUGAAUCGACAUGAAAAGCCUCCCUGGCCUGGGGACUACAGGAGAUUGGCGCACAAACUAAAUUUGGAGUUGAUGAUAUGGAUUCUAGGUAUUGCUCUUAAGGACAUGGCUGAAAUAAGGUAUGACAAUGAUGAUUUUGUGGGUGUUUACUAGAUUCCAUUAAUUGAAUAUUAAUGGGUUUUGGAACAACGAAGUUGGUACCAUCUUUUUCUCUUCAUGUUUUUUUUUUUUGACUAAAGGCUUGCAAUUUCAUUAAACAUAAAGAAAGGAAAAAAUACAGCCAUAAGGGAAGAGUUAUGGAUUAAAAUCCGUUUAGUAGUUGAGAAGCACCGGUAAAUCCCAAACGUUUUAGUUGAGAAGAAUCCAUGUUAACUGUCUUUUGAACCAGUCCGAUUUAAAAAUUGUUACUUGUAACGUUUCGAGAUAAUGUUCUGUUAAUAUAAGUCUUUCACUGAUUUGGUCAUUUUAAUACGUGAAUGCUUACUUUCACGACUUUUCGUUGGUGACUUUUCACACCAAAAAAUGCAGUAACCGUCAAUCCAGAAAAAUUAAAGACAUGCAGUACAAAACAAUUUCAAGUACACGCUUGAUCUUCUUUAAACAAAACAGGAUUAUCUCUAAUUCUAAUCACCUAAAUGUAACAAGAAUCCCACUUUUACAGAUUUACUCACAAUAAAACCAUUCAUGUUUGUAAAUCCACUCAAGCUUAUACAUUUAUUAAAUUCUCAUGCCAAAGAAUAAUUCUUUUCAAAAACAUGCAUGUGCUUUACAUGACAUUACGUAAUAUGCAUGUGAAUUAUAAAACAUAUAAGGUUGUGUCUUUUCAACAUGAAAUUAUUAAUAUAAUUAUAAAAUUUUGUUUAAGUGUAUCUUUUCUUUUUUUAACUUCUCUCUCCUUUUGGACGACAAGAGAUUUUAAGUGUAUCUUUUCAUCAUAAAAAUAUAUAUUUGAAUUCAUAAGAUGUGUUUAUAUCUACUAAUAUAGCAAUUCCAAUUAAUUUCAAAGGUUAUGAAUUCCAAUUAUGUUGAAAGGUUGUGACUAUUGAAAAGUUGUGACCAAUCAUAUAAGUAUUUUUUUAAAAUUGAAAAGUUGUGACUAUUCAUAUAAUUAUAUUUUCAACAUAACUACCUUUGAAUUGAAAGGAUGUGACCAUUUAAAUUGAAAAGAUGUAACUAUUCAAAAAAUAUUGUAAAGAUACCAUUUAAUAACUACUUAUAAUCGAAAAGGUUGUGAUUAUUCAUACAUAGCUUUGAAAAACUAUAAAGAUUUCAUGUUAUUGAGUUUAGAUUUCAUGUUAUUGAGUUUCUUAUUGAAAUUUUUCACAAUUAAUUAAAAUUUGUUUUUGAUCAUAUUAUUUUUUCAUUUAGGGUAUUUUUUUGUAAUGAUGUGUCUCUUUAAAAAAUAUUUUAGACAUACCAUUUUAAAAUAACUACCUAUAAUCUGAAAAAUUAUGACUAUUUGUAUAUACCUUUGAAAAUCUAUAAAUAAUCCAUGUCCAUGAGUUUUUUACUGUAAAUCUUUCACAAAUUCUUAAAACAGUGACGAAGAAAAUUUUGUGUAGUUACCUGAUUCUAAAUAUUUAGAAGAUUAGCUGAAGAAAAAACAUUUAGAAGAUAUUCAAAUGAAACAUUGUUAAUAAAAAGUUGUAAGAAGAGUCCUAAGUAUUUGGCUAGCAACAAAUCUUAAACGAAACAAUGAAUUUAUUAGUCUAAAUUUUCUUCUACUAGAUGAAAGGUGUUUUUUUUAAGGUGUGUUUUUCUUAUUUAUAAUUUUUUUCAUUUGUGAUCAUGUCACAAAAGCAUGUACAUUUUGGUAACACAAUAUCCUUUUGAACGACAUUGAGAUUAGAACAUGAUAGUUUAAUAAAUCUGUGGAAGCGUAAGUGGAUUGGCAUACCUGCCUGAAUGAAUGCAUGCAUGUUGUUUAAUGCGGUCAAACGUUUAGUGUUUGUUGGUUUAGUGAUCAAGAAUAAAAUUAAAAAGCCGUGGCCAUUAUUUGUGUCAUGAAAAGUCACACCGGUUCAUGUGAAUGUGUGCAUCCAUUAAACGUAAUAUGCAUAAGCGCUUGUGUGUAUUUAUAUUUGUUCUUGGUAAUAGUUGAAAUUAUUAGAUUAAUUUAUAAACGGUCAUAACUUGAAAUAGUGAAAGGUGGCAAACAAAAGAAUGGUCAUAUGAUUAAUUUUUAAAAUUACUAAUUAUGAUUUAUAUGAAAGAAUUCAAAUGAUAAAUCAAUAAUUAAUUAUAUCAUUAAGAGUGUUCUGUGUAGUUUUGAAACUCAUUAUUUACAUAUUAUUUUAUUAAUUUAAAUAUAUAAAGAUGUAUAAUUUAAAAUGCUUCUGCUGUAUUUUAAUAAUAUAUAAAUUUUGUGUUAUGAAAUAUUACCACAAUUUAAAUCUGUUAUGAAGUAUUAACAUAUAAUUAGGAUAAAUUUAUCCAUUAAUCAUUGAAGAAAUGUUAUAAUAGUAUGAUUGAUCAUGAUUUAAGAAAUGUUAUAAAUAACAUUUAUAAAUGCAUACAAUACAAUGAAAAAUCUACAAGUUUGUAGAAAAAUAGAUCAUAAUCAAAAUCUAGGGAUAAAAUAAAGUAACAGUUAUAAUAUACAUUUCUGUGGUUUGUGGAUCACAUGUUUUUUUCAUUUAGAAUAUUUUUUAUUGAUAUGGUAUGUGGUUAUUUCUCAUUUUACUUAUAUUAUAUAUUUUUAAAGUUCAUGAAAAACAAAAAUAUGUAAUUUUCUCCUUAUUUUAGUAUACUUUGAUGACAAAUGAACUUCUUUGAUAGCAAAAUAAGAUGCUUUAUAUAAUAGCAAGUUCUACAAAAUGGCAUAUGCUUUUUAAUAAAAUUAGUUCACGAUAAUAGCUUAAAUGCAUAUAUACCUAAAUGUGUGUGCAUUUACUAAUUGGUACUGACAUAUUUAUAAUUUAUUACAAGUAGCCUAUAAAAAUCUCUAAAAAUGCAUGUAUGAUGAUUUUGUAACACAUAUAUUUUUUGAAAAGUAAUUAUAUAAAAUGUGACAUAUUUUUUUUUAUAAAUGAGUUUCCGUGCGACAUCGCACGGGUUCCUUGCCUAGUUCAGAAUAGUAGAACAAACAGAAAAGGGAUUGAUUGAAAAUGUGAGUAGCAGCGCCGAACGAAAAGAACACAGUGAAAAAGCGUUGCUGAAAGAGCGGUCUAAUUUGUUGAAUUAUACACAAUGAUUAUGGUGAAGUAUAACAAUGAUAGAGAAAACGGUGAAAUAUAGCAAUGAUAUACUAUUUCAGGUUUUCUAGAUACUCCAUAAGAUAGAAAAAGGGUGACAUUGUCGAUUAGGGAUACAUCCUUAGACAAGAAAUGAAAGUGAUUUUUGUUUCAUCCGGUUCUAACCUUUCGGGCUAUUUCUAUUAACUUGUGGUCACAAAAGCCCUCUAGACCCAUUUCUUCUUUGUGUCAAUUGCAUUGCAUCUCAUUUUAAAAGAAAAUUAUCACUAUGUAUAAUGAGGGUGUUGAAUAAAAGAUUCAACAGUUGAAUCCCUACAAUGAGAGUGUUGAAAAAUGAAAUUUGAUGAUGUGGAUUAAUUGGUGUUGAAAAAAUUCAACAUGUUGAAUAAGAAGAAAGUGAAGACCACCGACGACAAUGUCACUUUCUAAAUUUUUUUGAUAUUUUGAUAUUCUCUUAGUUAUUUAAAACUAAUUAAUUUCAUUAUAAAUUAAAUAAUUUAUUUUUAUUUCUUAUACUAAAACUUAUCUUUUUAAAUUAUCUAUAAAUAGAGACUAGGUUUAUUUAAUUUGGAUAUAGAAAAAAAAAUUAUUAAUUAAUAAAAUAGAAUGUUAAAUAUUAUUCAACAAGACCAUUGUAGUGGAUAAAAAUUGAAUGUGUGUUGAAUGAUGAUGGCUAAGAAAAAGAAUAUGACAUUGAGUGUUAAAAGAUGAAGUGGAGGGUGUUGAAUCUUGAAACGAUUAUAUAUACAUAGAAGAAACAAAAAUAUUAGAGAUUAGAUUUUGAGUUGCCCAAGAAAAAAAAGAGAUCAUCAUAUAUUUCAAAUAUAUGCUGUUGGAAUUAGGGCAGCUCCUGACGUUUUCAUGAGAGCUACCAUUGGGCCUGGUUGUCUAACAUUCUGCUAUCAUUGGUGUUUAGACAUGUUUAUAUUGGAAAAGCAAAAUUAUUUUAAAAAUUAAACUCGUAAGUACUCCUGAAACAAGAAUUUUUAAAAAUUAAGCAAGAACUUCUUGAAUUAAUCUAGAAUUUUUUGACAAUUAAGCAGUCAUCUUUUAAGCUUGUAAGUAUUAAGCUUUCCUAGUUCUUUUACUACAAAACAGUACAUAAUUUUGAAAACUUCUUCUUAACUUUAAUCAACAUUACUUUUGUAUAUAUUUUUUCAAAAAGGUAAAAUAAAAAAAUAGGAAAGUAGAAUAUAGAAAAAACCCAAACCGAAGCUAACACAAAAGUAAUUAAAAGCAAAACACGAAGUCAAAAAUAGACAAAAACCAAAAACAGAAAAAGAAGCAAAAGCAAGUUUCUUGAGACAUAUAUAUGCAUCCACAUAUCAAUUUAGUUUAUAUCGAAGCUCUCUGGAAUGGACUGUCACGUAUAUUACGGCAUACAUCGACGAUGGGUUUUAAGGAAGAAGACUUGGAUCUUAAAUUUUUCAGUGUUCUUUCUCCACAUCUUCACAUCUUCGAAAGCAUUGGAUGUUACUCAAUACGGAGCGAAUGGAGAUGGAGUUACAGACGAUUCUCAGGCGUUCUUGAAAGCCUGGGAAGCUGUCUGUAGCGGGACAGGGGAUGGGCAGCUUAUCGUUCCGGCAGGGAUGACAUUUGUGUUACAGCCCUUGAAGUUUCAAGGUUCUUGCAAAUCGACCCCUAUUGUUGUUCAGAUUUUGGGCAAUAUGGUUGCAUCAAGUAGAGGGAAUUGGGAAGGAGACAAAGACCAGUGGAUUCUCUUCUCAGACAUAGAAGGGCUUGUGGUUGAAGGCAACGGCGUAAUUAACGGCCAGGGUUCGAGCUGGUGGGAACACAAAGGCAGUUCUAGACCAACCGCAUUGAAGUUCAAGAGCUGCAACAACCUUAGACUAAGUGGACUAACGCACGUAGAUAGUGCAAAGGCUCACAUUCACAUAAACAAUUGCAACGGUGUGAGCAUCUCAAAUCUCCGGAUAAAUGCACCGGAAUCAAGUCCUAACACUGAUGGAAUCGACGUCGCUGCUUCAUCCAAUGUUAUCAUCCAGGAUUGCGUAAUCGCCACCGGUGACGAUUGCAUUGCGAUAAACUCGGGGACGUCUAACAUCAGAGUUUGCGGUAUAGAUUGCGGACCAGGCCAUGGAAUAAGCAUAGGAAGCUUGGGAAAAGAUGGAGAGACAGCUUCAGUGGAGGAUAUAUGUGUCCAAAACUGUAACUUUAGAGGAACUACGAAUGGGGCUCGGAUCAAAACCUGGCCGGGAGGAUCAGGUUACGCAAGAAGGAUUACUUUCAGUGGAAUUACUCUAGAUAACGUGGAAAACCCGAUCAUAAUCGAUCAGCAUUACAACAAUGGAGGUUCUGAGAAAAAUACAGAUGAUAAGUCAUCGGCGGUUGAAGUAAGCAAAGUCGUGUAUAGUAAUUUCGUGGGGACGUCCAAGUCAGAGUACGGAGUUGACUUUAGGUGUAGCACAGCUGUACCUUGCACAGAGAUUUUUAUGAAAGAUGUGAGAAUAGAAACACCAUCAUCAGGAUCAGGACAAGUCGCGCAAGGACAGUGCUUAAACGUGAGAGGUGUGUCCACACUUGCCGUACCAGGUUUAGAAUGUUUAGCACUUUCCACAGAUAUGUUAUCAUCGGCGGAGUUGCCGGAACAAACUUGUAUGUUGCCGCAACCAUCAGUGCAACCAAGUACACGACCGAUGCAAGAUCCAUUUUGGGUUUAUGGAAGCGGAGGGAAACCACACAGAGUUUUUGAUGUAGUAUUAACUUCAUUUAUAUUUGUCGUUUUAUAUAUGUAUUAGAUUAUUGUUUGCAAAUAUAGAUCAUUUAUUUUGGAUAGUUUCUCUGGAUUAAAAGAUCAUCGAUUUGCUUGGAUUUAUGGUAUAUAUGAAAAGAAGAAAACAACAAAGUUUUUAACAA